CCUUCGGCCAUUGUAUUUCAACGGCCAUGGCCUCUGUUAGGGAGCUUGGACGAACGGACCGUUAAUCAUCUUCUUCAAAUCUGUGCAAAACCCACCCGAAACCAGGCACAGCUUUCAAAGCAAUUCGUUUUUCCAAUACCCAUUUCGAGAAGGUCCGCGAUUUUGAUUUCUUCGCUGCCUUUCAGCCUUCUCAUUUCACACUCUCCACCGUCAGAGGCCAGAGAGCGACGAAACAAGAAGAACAUCCCUCUUGAAGACUACCUCACUAGCCCUGAGGGAUUAAAGUACUAUGAUUUGUUUGAGGGGAAGGGCCCAAUAGCUGAAAAAGGAUCAACAGUUCAGGUGCACUUUGACUGCUUAUACCGUAAUAUUACAGCUGUGUCGAGUCGAGAAUCCAAACUCUUAGCUGGAAAUCGUAGUAUUGCCCAGCCAUACGAGUUCAAAGUUGGAGCUACUCCAGGGAAAGAAAGGAAGCGUGAAUUUGUAGACAACCCAAAUGGUCUGUUUUCUGCGCAGGCUUCACCAAAACCCCCAUCGGCUAUGUACUCAAUAAUUGAAGUGAUGAAAGUAGGGGGGAAGCGAACUGUGAUUGUUCCUCCAGAGGCUGGGUAUGGCCAAAAGGGAAUGAACGAGAUCCCACCCGGAGCUACAUUUGAACUAAAUGUUGAGCUUUUGCAAGUAGUACUGCCUGGAUGAAGUGAGCUUAAUUUGUGUUGUGAGAAGCUCGUGAUAAUUAGAUUCCUCAUCAUGACCCUUUUUCUGUCCAAUUUUGAUUGGGAAAAACGAUCUUUUUGUUGGCAAUGGUAAUAGUUUCAGGUAAUGAUUAUAUUGGAUGAAGAAGCAUUGUCUUACCAAGGGCCCAUCUUAUCUACAUUUUGUUUGUUCAGUUGGGAUAACUAUUUUUGUUUCCCAUCUGUAACCGUACAAGUUAUUAUUGAGGUUAAUAUUAUUAACAUUAAUCUGAUGAUUAUUUGCUUAUCA